ACUAAACGCUGCUACCGACACCCAUGAAGGACGUCGUCCCCUGCUGUGCUCCCCCUUUUCACCCCCAUUUUCCAGGAAGAAGAGCGGGCCCCGCCUUCGGCUCCGGGCAUCCCGGGAAGCCACGCCGGGAUGGGGAUUCCUCCCGCGCGGGACCGUCCGGACUGAGGGCGUCCCGCAAGCGGCCCGACCCCGAUGUCGUCGCCCCCGGCCGCCGCCCGGCGUGAGAUGCUGGGGCUGAGAUGAGGCUGCGAAAUGGCCCCGUGGCCGCCGCCUUGGUCUUCGUCACCUCCUUCCUCAGUUUCUCCUGGUACACCGCCUGGCAGAACGGGAAAGAAAGGCUGGUGGCUUACCGACGGGAAUUCCACGCCCUGAAGGAACGGCUGCGGAUAGCGGAGCACAGGACGCUGCAGCGCUCGGCGGAGCUCAACGCCAUCUCGGAGCAGCUGCGGAGAGCCGUGGCAGAGGCCAACGGCAGCCGCGGUGCCCUGAACGGCGUUUCGGACGAUACCUUGAAACUUUUGAAGGAGCUGACGAGCAAAAGAUCCCUUCAGGUGCCAAACAUUUAUUAUCACCUGCCUCAUUUAUUGAAGAAUGAAGGGACCCUCCGACCGGGCGUGCAGAUCGGCUUCGGGAGGACGGGCGUUUCAAUCGUCAUGGGGAUUCCCACCGUGAAGAGGAAAGUCAAAUCAUACCUCACGGAGACUCUCCAUUCCCUGAUCGAUAAAUUAUCUCCCGAAGAGAAGUUGGAUUGCAUUAUUGUAGUCUAUAUUGGAGAGACGGACCUCGAUUACGUGAACAGCGUGGUAGCCGUUUUGGAGAAAGAAUUUUCCACGGAAAUCAGUUCUGGCCUGGUAGAAAUCAUAUCACCUCCUGCCGCCUAUUAUCCCGACUUGACCAACUUAAAGGAGACGUUUGGAGAUUCCAAGGAAAGAGUCAAGUGGAGAACGAAGCAGAAUUUGGACUACUGCUUUCUGAUGAUGUAUGCCCAGAAAAGGGGCGUUUAUUACAUUCAGCUGGAAGAUGACAUCGUUGUCAAGCAGAAUUACUUCAGCACGAUAAAGAAUUUUGCCCUUCAGGUCUCCUCUGAAGACUGGAUGAUUUUAGAGUUUUCCCAGCUGGGAUUCAUUGGAAAGAUGUUUCAAGCUCCGGACAUCACACUGAUCGUCGAGUUCAUAUUUAUGUUUUACAAGGAGAAACCCAUCGACUGGCUCCUGGAUCACAUUCUCUGGGUGAAAGUCUGCCACCCCGAGAAAGACGCGAAACACUGCGACCGCCAGAAAGCGAACCUGCGGAUCCGUUUCCGGCCUUCCCUCUUCCAGCACGUCGGCCUGCACUCUUCCCUCCCCGGAAAAAUCCAGAAGCUUACGGACAAAGACUUCCUGAAACCCCUGCUCCACAAGAUCCACCUCAACCCGCCGGCGGAAGUGUCGUCGUCUCUCAAAGUCUACCAGGGGCACACCCUCGAGAGAACCUACAUGGGGGAGGAUUUCUUCUGGGCCGUCACCCCCUCGGCCGGGGACUACAUCUUAUUCCGAUUCGACAAGCCCGUCCACGUGGAGAGGUACUUGUUCCAUAGCGGCAACCCGGACCAUCCCGGUGAUAUCCUAGCAAAUACAACCGUCGAGGUUUUGCCCUUGAAGGGUGAAGAAACGGACAUCAACCCGGAAACCAAAGCUGGCCGCUUAGAGGACGGCUAUUUCCGAAUAGGGCGAUUCGAGAGCGGCGUGGCCAGAGGGACCGUCCCCCCCAGCCUCAAUCCGCUGGCGGCCGUCCGGCUCUCCGUCGUUCAGAACGCGGCCAUGUGGGCCAUCCUCAGCGAGAUUCACAUUAAAAAGAUCCCGAACUGAUCCGGGGCGGGGGCCUCUUCAGGAGCCAAGGUGACGGUUUUCCCCGGAAGACCCCUGCAGCCCCGAAGACCGAACGAGAGAGCCCGUCCGGAGGCGCGAGGGUCACGCCUCGGAGAAUCCCGCCUUCUUCCCCUUUGCCAUUUCACCGGAGACGAACCGGAGCCGGAGGGGGAAGGCCCGGGACGCGGUCAUUUUCAGCCGGGCCCCGGGGACGCUCUCCGGCCCGGAGCGGGACUCGUUCCCGGCGCCCUCGCCCCCCCGGGAAGCCGCCCCGCCGCGCUCCCGAGAAGACGCCGGUCUCGUGAAGCGCGUCGGAUGAGGGGGGAUCCGGAGGCGAUGGAUUCCCCCCCCCCCGACCCACCCUCUUUCGGCGGUCGCCGGGAAGUGAUCCGGGGACGUGCCGGACGUAUCGGGGAGACUGACUUCCCGGAGAACGCCGGAGAGACGUCAUCGGCGGCUCCCUUUUGGAAAAACGGGCCGGCCGGCUCUUCCCUCGGUGCGCUGUCCGGUCCCGCGGCGACGCAGAUGUUCCAGGCGGGCGCCGCUCUCCGAGCAUCCCGCCGUCACCGAGGCGGACGGAUUCCUUGACCGGAGAAGUCCCGGACCGCCCGGGAGGCCGAC